AUGUGUUGCCUCUCGGUGGAGCACGGCCGCACCGUUGCCGCCCGUGCGCUGCCGGACGUUGAUCGCUGGAGGGAGCCGGUGGACGCCGCUCGGAAGGAAGGCCGCUACAAGGGAGGUAGAGAAGGGUGGCUAGCAGAAGGGCCAGUGCGUCAAGGAGGGACCAUUUGUUUGCACCAAGCAUCAACUUCUGAGGUGGAAGAGGCCUUGCGGUCGGAGUUGGCGGAAGGCUUUGGGCCACUGCAGAGCGCCUACAAUGCCAAAGAUGCCGCGGUGCUCUUGCAGCUGUCCAUGGCCAUACCAAAGUUGUGGGCCACUUUCUCAGCCACGCGGAGGCUGGCCUCUCAAUUGCUGUACUACGGCAGGGCAGACCUCUAUGGUCACCAGGAGGUUAUGGCCUGGUCUGAAGGUUGGGAGUUGUUGUGGGUGACGGUGAUGCCACCCUUGCUUCACGUGCACAUACCUUCCUUGCCUUUGACAAUUGCCAGAUCACCCACUCCCUCGGCUUUUGGUGAAGAGGUGACCCUGGAAGCCUUCUUACAGACCCAUGUGCAGCGCGUGCGCGAGAUUUGGGAGGCGCCUCGAAUGGGACGAGCCCAAGCUGUUUGGGAGUUAUGCCACGAGACUGCUCGCCUCUCUCAGAGUCUGGUCCUCUUGGCCAUGGGCCCUUAUUUGCUUCAAACAGCCCGUGAGAGGGCCAUGCUGCGAGUGGCGGAGCCACCGCUUUUUCAGAACGCCUGUUGUGAGCGCUACAGGAUCCUUUUGUGGCUCUUGCGGGACUUGCAGCGGGAACUUGGGCGAGAGAAGCUGGUCUAUGUCGAAGUGGGAGUGUCGAAAGGCCAGACGGCACUCUUUCUGCUGGAGGCCUUGCCUUGGCUGGAGGCAUAUCUGGUUGACAAUGAGCCACCAGACGAGCUCUUGCAAGCGCUCCCCACCUUUGCUUCCAGGGCGCGUUUGGCCACUCGCUUGGCAUUU